AUGAUUUGCAGAACAUGCCUGCGGCGAGCCUCGGCUUUGCCCCGUCUCCAGGCCCCAAGGGCCACCGCCGCCCUUGUCAUUAGACCCUUCUCUCUCUCCGCGCCUUCAAGGAAUGCAGCAGCGGCGCCCGACGACAGCACCAAAACGAAAGCGACGGAUGUACCCCCGAACCUUUCGAGCCUCAAAAACGAUGCGCCCGCGCCCGCGCCUAUCUCCUCAUGCCCCGCCGGCACCGUCCUCAACGGGCUGAACUACUUCAAGGGCCGGACGGACCCGGUGGCCCUCCGCGACGAGGAGUAUCCCGAGUGGUUGUGGACGGUCCUGGAGUCCAAAAAGGUGACCGUCGAGUCCGCCGACGACCUUGCCGCCGAAAUGUUCUCCAAGUCCAAGAAGCAGCGCAAGGCCGCCGCCAAGCGCCAAAAGGCCAUCGAGGCCAAGCUUGUUGCCUCAGGCGACGUCGAAGCCCUCGCGCCCAAGGUCCCGCUGCCGCAGCAGUCCAUCAACCUGCCUGGCGAAAAGGGCGGCGAUGUCGAACAUAACCUUCACGCAGCGACCAAGAGAGAUGAGCUACGCAAGGCGAUGCGCACGGAGCGUAAGGCUAAGAUCAAGGAGUCCAACUACCUCAAGUCCAUGUAAGGAGGCAGGCGUGGUAUUGGCGUUGAUGCCGUUGUGUCUUGCGCUGCCACGACUGGCGUGGUAGCGUACGCGGCUGGGGUUGUGUGUAUCAUAAGAGAGUCAAGCGAAAGGGGACUCUUGUACAAUAUUUACUUUCGGCAUCGCCGGCUCGUCUUAUCACUUAAAAUAUCAAACAUUGAGCACCAAUAUCAAGAGACAUUGUUGACAAAGCG